CACGCGUGUCUCUCCCUCCCUCCCUCCCUCCCCUCUGUCUCCCCGAUGUGGUGGCACGGCCUCCUCCAAUGGCGCGCACAUCUCUCGCUUCCUGCUGAUGUGGUUGGGCAUGGUGGGUGCCUCCAGUGGGGCUCGCGCUGCGGCGGCGGCGCCCAGCCAUGGGGCUAGGGUUUCGCAGGGUGGCGACGACGACAUCCGGCCGUGGGGCUUGUGGAGCGCGCAUAGUGCGAGGGCACACGAGGGUCUAUAUGGAGGAUUUGGAUCCCAAGCCGGCACUGCUGUACACGGAGAUGGAGUGGUGUGAGGGCGCGAUGGAGGACGCGGCGGGCUUCAGGUGCGGCCACUUGCUCACCGCCAUCGCUUCAGUGGGUUUUUUGAGAAGCUGUAAUGGUGGUGGCUCCCAUAUGCACCGUGUUGCUGGCGAUAAAGGCAUUGACAGUUUGCAGAAGCAUAGUGUCAAUGAUAGCAGAAUCCUGGUGGCCACAAUACCAUCACAUCGACUCAUCCUGUCUCUUCUAAUCAUCAGCACAUCCUUCGUUGGAUCCCAGCCAAGAAUGGUGUCUGCACAACAAAAGAGAUCUAUAGGUACCUGGCAGAACAGAACACUGUCCAACUACAUCAGCAAGGAUCCCGUAGCAUUCUUCCACAAGUCAACCAGAUCCUUAAUCGAGCAUGGAAGACCAAGCAUCUGCCGCCACUUAUUAAGACAUUUACAUGGAGACUCAUUCGACGAGCCCUAUCCACUGCCGACAGAACAGCCAGGUUCUCAAACCAUAUUGAUGAACAUUGUGCCACUUGUGCUGCAAUAGAGGAUGAUGCCCACCUCUUCUUCCACUGCCAGCUCCCACGUGCGGUAUGGUUAUCCUUUUCCCCGUCUAUUCAUACUGAUACUCUCCCUCAAGAAUCUGAUGGGGUCCAAACUAUUCUGCAAACAUUGAUAAACAAUGCUACCUCUGAUAUUCUUUUCUGCAAAAUCCUAACUAUAUUGUGGUAUAUCUGGAAAGCAAGAAAUGAUAAACUUUUCCACCACAAAGCAUGGACACCCCUGUAGGUACACAACGCUGCGGCUGCUCACCUAAACACCCACAAUCAAGCAAUCCUACCGGCGGCUAAAAAUACAGAUUUAGGACCUAAUAUGCACACCGCGAUCACUACUGCAACGGUCCAACCUCCAAGGCCUUCAACUACAGGUGCGCAAAAUUUUAUGCAACAGGCAACCAUGAUGAAUAGGUACACAAUUGUAGCACCACCUUUACUCCAAGGAACCAGGUGUUACGUCGAUGCCUCAACUUGGUCGGAUCAGCCCAACAAUCAAACUAGGAUAGCGGGUCUUGGUGUCUUCAUACUCAAUCUGCAGGUCCAACCGACCCAAGCAAUCUACAUCAAGGCGAGACUGCUUGCAUGCACUUCAGUGCUCAUGGCGGAGGCGGCAAGUCUGGCGCUUGCCAUCAAGAUUAUACAUAAUCUGAACAUCACAGAAUGCAACUUCCUAUCUGAUUGUCAGCAACUGGUGAACUUUAUAAAUUCCGCUAACCACUCGGAUCCACCUGAUUGGAGAAUUAAACCUUUCACCCAGGCUUAUCUUAACCUCACCAAUACCAUAUCAGCUCGUCUCAUCAAGAUCAAUCGAAAUAACAACACCACAACAGAUGCCUUAGCACGCCAGGCUCGUAGCUCACAGGGAUCUUCUUUACAAACAAUGUGUUCCCAUCAGCAUGGCUAUGACCAUUGCUCUGUUUCUCAAGUUCUACAAUUUGUAGACUUGCACGAUGUAACACUAAUUGUAGACUUGCACGAUGUAACACUUCUUGCAGCACGCUGCUGCUAAUAAUAAAGUUGUUGGCUGUCAAAAAAAAA